GAGCAGCAGGGGGAGUGGGAGGUGGCGCAGGGGUUCAUGGAAGAGGUGAUGCUUGUGGUGGAGGAGAGGCAAGGAAUGGGCGAGAUCGGAGAGAAGGGUUGGAAGGUGGACAACAACAACAACAACAACAACAACAACAACAGCAACGACGACGGUGAGCUGGGAUUGGCCGAAAUUGGCGACGAGGGCGAGAAGGAUGAUAACAACAACAACAACAACAACAACAACAACAACAACAACAACAACGGUAACAACAACAACGGCAGCGACAACAAAGAGAUGGAGGAGAUGGGAGAGAACAACAACAACAACAACAAUGACGGCGUAAAUGACAACAACGACAACAACAAUAACAGCAACAAGAUCAACAAUAAUCAUGACGAUGUCGGUGACGACAACCACGGGAGCAGAAGGGCAGAGAGGGGUUGUUGUGCAUCCAAGCCUUGUAUCAGCAGCAUGGUGGAGAUGCCUCCAUCCACGCUGUGGGGGGGGAUUAGCAGCUUGUUGGGGCUGGUGAAGUGGGGCUUGUGUUUGAAGUGGAGGCGCUUUCUGUCAGAAGGUUAUGUUCUAGAAUCAGUUGGGGCUAAUGCUGGUUGUCUGCAUGUUUGUAACUGCGGAUUGGUGAUGGCAUUCUCUGAUCGGGCUGUGCGGUCGGGGAUUGAGGGAGGGGCUGUCUCUCAGCAGGUCAAGUUCAAGAAUCAGGGGAACAACAAGGAGAAUUGGAAAAUUGUGUCAUCUCGAAUGUUGGAAAACGGGUUCAAGCGCUCCAGUGAGCAGUGCCGAAAGAAGUUUGAGCGAAUAUGGAGGAAGUUUCAAGAUCUGAGGGCGGAAAACGUACGCAGAGGGGGGCUGGAAUUCAAAGGUCACGGUGCCGGCUUCCCUCACGUCUAUGACCUGAUAAUAAAUUCGCCGAUGGUGAGCGUUCGUUUGGGCGAGCGCAGCCACCCAUCGCGGAGCACGGACGUGUACCAUUCUGAGAUUCCUGAGACAUUGCCUGUCGCUGCCGCUCUCACUCCUGUUCAUGCUCAGCCAGUCGCGUUCUCUGUGAAGGGUCCACGAGGGCCCACGUUCAGUUCCGUUGGGAGCCCCGGUGCCGAGCCGUCGGCCGUAGCUAGCGUUUUAGAAGAAAACAGUUUUGCACGGCAAGUGCUGCCGCCUGGAGGGCCAGUUGUUGGAAUGCCACUCGUUAGGCCGGAAGCUGUCGAUACGCGGAGACACGACGCACAGGUUGGGAGCGAAGGGGUGGGCGGCGGAACGGAUACUGCUGCCAGAGACAGUCUGGAUGUGGAGCCAGGGAGAGACUUAAAGAGGGGGAAGUUUGUGGGCGUGAAGUCGCGCCAAGUUCUCCUCAAGACAAUGAUGGGCUUGCUUGCUGAGAUGGACACCAAGUUCUGGGAUAGCUACGAUCGUAGGGUCUGUCAACAGUCAGAGUGUCAAAGAGUGAAGGAGACCGUGCCAUGGCCAACAAGCGACAAGCGAGGUGAUGUCCAAACUGCAGGAAUUUCAAGCAUUGAAGGAAGACAGCACUUGGUAGAGAACACUACAUCGAUAUCGUGGCACGUGUACCGAGUGGCAAGUGGAACUCAAAGCUGUGGAACUCAAGUGGAACUCAAGGCUGUGGUACUCAAAGUGGAACUUAAAGACUGUGGAACUCAGGUGGAACUCAGGUGGAACUCAAGGCUGAGGAACUCACAGCUGUGAAAACUCAAAGAGAACUCCAAGUCAAACUCAAGGCUAUGGAACUCAAGUGACUCUGAAAGCUUUGGAAUGUGAAGGGAACCCAAGGCUCUUUAAAUCACAGCUGUGGAACUCAAGUGGAUCUCAAGUGGAACUCAAGGCUCAGGAACUCGCCGCUGUGGAACUCAAACAGAACUUAAGUGAAAUUCAAGGCUAUGAAAGACACUCAAGUGAAGAACCUGAAUGGGACCCAAGGCUCCGUAACUCGCAACUGUGGAACUCAAGGCUGUGGAACUCAAGUGGAACUCAAGGCUGUGGAACUCAAGUGGAACUCCCAAGGCUGUGGAACUCAAAGCUGUGAAACUCAAGGCUGUGACGUAAUGAACACUGCCAUCCGGAUGAUCGAUGCAUGAUGCGGAAUCCCCGAGCCCGGCGUAGACAGGUUGCACAUCAUGCUGGGAGGCAUGAAAGUUGAUUGAUCGACACUUACGUUUCCCUCUUUUGUUAUUAUUAUUGUGUUGUUAGCGACGGAGAACGACGUAACGAGCACUUCCACGUGGAUGACACACGAUGCCAAGCCCCGAGCUCCAUGUAAGGAAAGGUCAUGCGUAUCAUCCUGCGAGGUUUGAAAGUAGCUUUCUCCAUCAACCCUUGGGUGUUUUCCUAAGGCCGGGAAAUCAUACUCGAGCUUGGUGGCUACGAGGGCUAUGCCCUGUAGGAAGAAGGCUCGCAGAGGAUGCUCUGUGUCCCAGUUGAGCAGUAGCGGCUUGUGGAAUCCCCCCUCCCUCACCCUGAUUCCCCCCCCCGCCUGGUACCGUCUUGCAGGCUCUGCCUGACUGCUUGUUCGACCUUCAAACUGCGAUCAUGCAGCGGUGGUGGUGGAUGACGGCAACCUGGAGCGCAGCAGGAUAGGCUUGUUGUGGCUUAACCUCUUAUAAGGUGUCUGGAUGUUCAGCCUGGUGGAUGACGCCAACUUGGAGCGCAGCAGGAUAGGCUUGUUGUGGCUAAACCUCUAAUGUGUCUGGAUGUUCAGCCUGAGAUCGGUACUGGUUCGAUUCCCUGCAGAAUUGUUCCAUGUUGUGCAUAAAAAAAAAACACAACCCUCGAUUCGGAGUUUUGCCGUUGCAUAACGUCAGCGACCGAGAUGGCAUAACGACGACUCCCGUGCAGAUGACGGAUGGUACGGUACAGAACCCGCACACAAGUAACCCAAACCCACGCCAAACCCACGCCAAACCCACGCCAAACCCAUGCCAAACCCACGCCAAACCCACGCCAAACCCAUGCCAAACCCACACCCACUGGUAGCCCAAACCCACGCCAAACCCACGCCAAACCCACGCCAAACCCACGCCAAACCCACGCCCACUAGAACCCGCACAUGAGCUCGAUGAGGACAUUUUUACGCUCGGCGGCUCCGGUUUGUUUCGACUGUGCAGUGGAGGGGGCGGGGGGUGGGAGGUGGUUCUGAAUAUCCAAGCUAACCAUCAAUCUGGGCCCUCCUUGAGCUUCCGAUCCCCCGAGCCAAGUCACUUGCUUGCAAGUCAACCUAGCAAGUAAGCUCCGUCAUCACGACCGUAUCGGACUAGAAAGAUAGCUUGUGUACAUUCAUGAUCAGGUUUUCAAGCAAACCAUCAAUAUGGUCGAUUUCUUGGUUCAGGAGGGGGGCUUCGUCCCCCCUAGGUAACCACUCUUGUUUUACUUGUGUAGCUUGUGUUUCUUUCUUUCUUCCUUUCUUUCUUUUUUUUUUUCUUUUUUUUUUUGUGUGUGUGUGUGUGUGUGUAUGUAGCUUGUGUUUUGCUUUCUUCUGGUCUCCGUAUUUUGUAGCGUUUUAUGAGGUUGAACUGAGAGCCAGCGCUUUUUCUUCUUCUUCUUCUUCUUCUUUGUUUAAUCAAAUUUAAUGGUUAUA